UACUGGAGUUUAUACGUCUUUGCCAAUAGAUUUGACAAUUUCUUACAGAAUGAAUGAACCAGGAUGCAUGACUUCUUUCGUUUUUCUCUGCUCCUGAUAAGAACAUUGAACUGUGGUGCUAUGUGCAUAUUAAUCCCAUAUUAAUAGCAUAUGAAUUGAGAGCUUAAUUUAAUGUUUUUUUAUAUUUUUUUGAAAGCGAAUUUCGAUGUAAAUGGAUUAACAUUUGGAGGUGCUUUAUCAUGUUUGCGCGAGAUGGUUAAAAAGUUUCGCUUCAGCACUUGGUGCCCGGACAGCUCCUCUCUAUGCUGGCAGGUUGGUCUUUGUCGCAGUGCAACGCGCACGCUCUUUCGGUGUUAUUAGUAGCCUACCCUACAGUGUGCGCUAUAUUGUACAUGCAUGAACUCAAUAUUUUGACUCCCGUCAGAUGGGCCGGCUGUGGAAUACCGUGACACUUGUCAGGACUAGGAAUUGUCAGGACUAGGAUUUGACCACGACCACUUGAGAGUGAGAGCUUUUUUCAUAUUUUUGGAGGAUGGACACAUAAGGACUAGCCAAACAGUUCUGAAAAACAGGCUUUUGAAUGACAGUAUUUGGAAGAGGAGUGAAUUGAUGGGGCUUGAGGCAGAGCAUUGGAUUUUUGGAAUUAUUUCAUUUUUCAACUGUGUCAUGCCAAACUAAUCGGGAUGUCGGAUGACAGGAUGUUGGGAAACUUGACUCUUUGGUCAGCGACGCCAAUGUUCCUGCCAGAGAACUCCUCCUUUAACUCCUCCCUCCCUCCGUCAUUCACGGACUGGGAGGCACCCACCUUCACCGCCGCUGCCCGCGUCCGCGUGGCCGCCACCAUGGUCCUCUUCGUGUUCGCUGCCUUCUCCAACCUCUCCGUGCUGAUCAGCGUGGCACGAGGCCGCGGGCGCCGCCUGGCCGCCCAUCUCCGGCCACUCAUUGCCAGCCUGGCCUCUGCAGACCUGGUGAUGACGUUCGUGGUAAUGCCGCUGGACGCGGUGUGGAACGUCACCGUGCAGUGGUAUGCCGGUGAUACCAUGUGCAAGCUGCUGUGCUUCCUCAAACUGUUUGCCAUGCACUCGUCUGCCUUCAUCCUGGUGGUGGUCAGCCUGGACCGCCACCAUGCUAUCCUGCACCCGUUGGACACGCUGGACGCUGGGCGAAGGAACAAGAGGAUGCUGCUCGUUGCCUGGGUCCUCAGCCUGCUCCUGGCCUCCCCACAGCUGUUCAUUUUUCGAGCAAUCAAAGCCGAGGGAGUGGAAUUCACUCAGUGUGUGACGCAUGGAAGCUUCCACCAUCGCUGGCAAGAGACGGUCUACAACAUGUUCCACUUUGUCACGCUUUAUGUGUUCCCCCUGUUAGUAAUGAGCUUCUGCUAUACCCGCAUCCUCAUCGAGAUCAGCCGUCAGAUGCACAAGGGAAAAGGUGGGGAGCCGUGCCUGAGGCGAAGUGGUGCUGACAUGAUCCCCAAGGCGCGAAUGAAGACCCUGAAGAUGACCAUUGUGAUCGUGGUGUCCUUCGUGAUUUGCUGGACGCCAUACUACCUCCUAGGCAUCUGGUACUGGUUCCAGCCAGCCAUGCUCCAGGAGACACCCGAGUACGUCCACCACGCCCUUUUCGUCUUCGGCAACCUUAACACAUGUUGCGACCCAGUGAUCUACGGCUUCUACACGCCCUCCUUCCGGGCUGAUCUGGCUGAUGUGGUCGCCUGCUGCUGCCGAUCGCAGAACAUCUCCCCGAGGUCCUUGGACCAUCUGGCGUGUCGGAGGGGCAGGGCAAGCAGAGAGGCAGAGUCUGACAAUCCCAGUGGUGACCAGCCAAGUGGAAACCUGGGGUAGAUAUCCGUGGGCCUCUUGUUCAACUGCAGUGUAAAAAAAAAUACAUAUGUUGAUUUAACAUACAAUUGUAAACCAGCUGCAAUAUGAUUGUGAGUUUGCUCAACAUUUGGGCAUACAGUAUACAGUAGCUGAAGUAACAUACAUUCUCAAGUUGAAUUGUAUGUUCACUCGACUUUGAAUUUUAGGUUGAGUAAACAAACAAUUUAACUAGAAAAUGUAUUUAACCUUAUUUGCAUAUUUCCCUGAGUGCCUUGCCUUUUGAGUGAAUUGUAUUUACCACCCAUGACUGUAUUUGUUAGCGACAGAGACAUGGUUGAUGUAUUCAAUGGUUUUCAGUACUGUAGCUAUCCCCAAGUGAGUGUCUAAGUGAAUGUCAUCUUUAAAAUGUAACUAUUUAUGAUAAUAUAUUGUAUAAACCCUAACACAAUGGCCUGAAACUGUUAGUUUAUAGGUCAUAUCAAGCCUGCAGGUCACAUUAUGCUGGCUUGCAAAGUGGUGUGUAAUUCCUGUUGGAAUCGAGCCAGAGUGAGGAUAUCCAACAAUUGGAAGUUUUAAUAGCCCACAACGUCGAUUCAGAAUGACUGCCGGGGUAAGGAAUGUUGAUUAUUGAGACUAUCCAAAUCAUAUAAACUGGAACAGAAACAGAAACAGAAAACAGAAAAUCUCAGAAACAGGUGCAAUAAGUCC